CGACUAAACCCACGAAUGUGAAUCUGUGUUGGAGUAUAUAGUUGAAGGUAGGCUUGAAUCUUUUGGUUCCUGCAUGACUACUCCAAUUGAAUUGUGGCUUUAAUUAAAUGAAGAAAAGGAGAAACGUCACACUUGAUACAAAAACGUUGCACCAAAUAUUAUUAAUAAAUUAUACUUAUACAAGGAGUGAAAGAGUAGGCGAACCACUCAGUAAUUGCUUCCAAGUGCCGUCUCUCUUUCUCUCUCGGUUCAUUGUUUCAUUUGGAAGAUUCAGCUCUAAAUUUGACCCUAAAAAAGUCAGCCAUGUAUUAGUUUUUUUAUAUAUUUAGAAAAGAGAUACAACUAAAAAGAAAAAGGCUACUAUAUGGUAUAAAGAGAGACACUGCCGUACAGAGCUGUGUGACCUGAAGCCACCACGCAAAGGGUCUCUUCCUCUUCUUUAGCUUCCUUCUUCUCUAUAUAUUCAUGCUAUUUUCAUUUCUUUAACAAAAUCCAACGUAUUCAUAUGCAGAGAAAGCCAAAAAAACAAACAAACAAACCUCUUUUCUUUGUGUUUAACGAUGGGAAGCUUCUUCAUCCUCCUUUGCUUCUUGUUAUUCUCCUUCUUUUUCUUCAACGGAGCAUUUGGGAAUACAUGGACCAGAACGGAAAUGGUGGAGAUGGCUGGCUACGGUGAACAGAAACUCUCCUCUGUCAUCAUCGCCGGAUCUCUUCUCUGCGACACUUCACGUCCUUACCUUCACUCUGUCCCUAUUCCAGGUGCCACUGUUGCCAUCAAAUGCCAAACUGGAUCCAAAAGGAGGUCCAAAUGGAUUAAGGCUGUUACUGAUGAAUUGGGAGAGUUUGAAAUCGAUCUCCCCUCCCAACUCCACGCGAUUCCAGACCUCGAAAACAAAUGUUUCAUCAAGCCAGUAUAUGUGCCUAGGCACUAUAGAUGCUAUCACACCUCUACCAAUAUACACAAACGUAUUAAACUUGUUUCCUCUACCAAUGGCCUCCGAGUCUACACCUCAGGGAAGAUCAGGUUACAGGGCCACACUUCAAGAUCAUAGCAAGCUCGUUGUGUCAACAAAAGAUUUGAACAGAAACAACAGAUUCUUCAAGUUCCAUCUUGUGAAAAGGAUUUGUUCUUUUGGUCCUCGUUUGUUUAGCUGGCGCUACAGUCACAGAACCGAGUUGAGUCUCUCUAAAUUGUUUGCAUCAUGUAUAAAAAGGCUUCUAUGUUUUUGAUA